GCUUCGUCACUCUGGUAGUCUGCGUAUUAAUGAAACGCAAGUAGUUUAGGAGAGACUGGUGGAGCGCAAGGCGAUCUGUACACGGAGAACAUUCAUUUAGGAAGAAGAAGAAGAAGAAGAAGAGAAAAAGGAACGCAGGUGGGACAAAACUGGAUCCGUGAAAAGGAAAAGUUCAUUGUGUUGCUGCAGGAUUUAAAAGCAAGCAAACAAACAAACCGGCGCGUUAUAUGUUCGUAGGGGACCUCUGAAUUGGGAAGGACAGGACAGAGGUGUUAAGCGCACAUCUGCAUGGACAGUCACUGAGGAUUUGGAGACAUUCAAUGCGCACGAGCUCGGGGAUUCCCUUAUAACCGCAGGAACGAAAAUCCGGCAAUUGCAAUUAUUCUUUCAUUAAGAUGUAGCCUGAUGUGUACACCUCUUCCCAGAAUUAUCCAAGCAGCAUUCCCUUACAGGCUCUUCUAUUAAUCCAUCAUCAGAGUUCUGAAAAAUUCGUCCACACAGAGUUGGAACAUGUGGAAGUGACUCAAGACGAGGAGACGCGCGGGCUUGCUUUCUUUAGCGAGCUUCAUUAGGUUCCUCUCGGCGUUCCUCCAGGCGUGAGAUAUCGGGGAGACAUUUCAGCGAUCAUGCAUUUCCUUCUACGUCCUCAGGUGUUUUCGAUCUGGAUCACACUAUUCUCUGGGGCCACAUCUGAGCUCACAUGCGACACUCUGCUACUGCUCUCCACCAACCUCACAGCUCGCACCUUAAUACUAUGGAACCAGACGUCGAGCUCAAGUAAUGCCACAGGUACAAGCUCAAGUAAUGCCACAGGUACAAGCUCAAGUAAUGCCACAGGUUUGUUCUGUAAUAUAUCUGUAGAUGGCAUCGGGACAUGUUGGCCCAGGAGCAACGCAGGGGAAAUAGUAGCACGUCCGUGUCCUGAGACCUUCUUGGGUGUCCGCUACAACACCACCAAUAACGUCUACAGAGAAUGCCUCGCCAAUGGAACAUGGGCGAAGAAGGGGAACUAUUCUCAGUGUCAGGAAAUUCUCAAUGAAGAGAAAAAGAGCAAGCUGCACUACCACAUUGCAGUGAUUAUAAACUACCUUGGCCACUGCAUCUCUCUCGGAGCCCUGCUGGUUGCCUUCAUUCUCUUUAUGAGGCUGAGGAGCAUCCGCUGCCUUAGGAACAUCAUUCACUGGAAUCUGAUUACGGCUUUCAUCCUGCGCAAUGCUACAUGGUUCGUAGUGCAACUGACCAUGAACCCAGAGGUGCAUGAGAGCAAUGUGAUCUGGUGCAGGCUGGUUACAGCAGCGUAUAAUUACUUUCAUGUGACUAACUUCUUCUGGAUGUUUGGUGAGGGCUGCUAUCUGCACACGGCCAUCGUGCUGACUUACUCCACUGAUAAGCUCAGGAAGUGGAUGUUCAUCUGUAUCGGCUGGUGUAUUCCCUUUCCUAUCAUCGUUGCAUGGGCCAUUGGUAAGCUGUAUUACGACAAUGAAAAGUGCUGGUUUGGAAAACGAGCUGGUGUUUAUACUGACUACAUCUAUCAGGGCCCCAUGAUCCUUGUUCUUCUGAUCAACUUUAUUUUCCUUUUCAACAUCGUGAGGAUCCUGAUGACAAAGCUAAGAGCCUCCACCACAUCAGAGACGAUUCAGUACAGGAAAGCUGUGAAGGCCACUCUGGUCCUGCUGCCUCUCCUCGGCAUCACCUACAUGCUUUUCUUUGUUAACCCUGGAGAGGACGAGAUCUCCCAAAUCGUCUUCAUCUAUUUCAAUUCUUUCCUCGAGUCCUUUCAAGGUUUCUUCGUGUCUGUGUUUUAUUGCUUCCUGAACAGUGAAGUCCGUUCGGCUGUUCGGAAGCGCUGGCACCGCUGGCAGGACAAGCACUCAAUCCGGGCACGGGUGGCACGGGCCAUGUCCAUUCCCACCUCGCCUACCCGGGUCAGCUUCCACAGCAUCAAGCAGUCAUCCGCUGUCUGAUCUUAACUGAUCUCGAGCACCACAACUUUCCUUUUAGUGCACUCCCCCUACCCUCCAUUGCUAAGCAAACCCAGGGAACAGCUGCAGUCCAAACAGGGUAUGAGACUUUCAGUUGAAUAACUCCCCAAAAGCGGUGUGCCAAUGUAGACACAAGUUCAAGACUCGUCUACCAGGGUGGUGGAGAAAAGAGAGAUGGUAAGAAGAAACCUGGAGCAGGAGAUACCCUCUGAUCAAGUGAGGGGGGGGGGUGAGAAUUGAUCAUCCUCUAAAGAAGAAAAGGCUAGAAAUUCCAAGCUCCAAAAUCACACUGUGGUGGGACCUGUCUAGUUGUAAAGGUCAAAGUUUAAUUUAAUUACUCUUUUUGCGUGAGGGAUUUUUUGGUCAGAGACUGCUGGCUCAGCUACACCGGUCAAAUCAGGAUAAAGUCGUAUCAGGAUGAAGCCUGGAAAUAUUAUGGAGAAGUCUGUCAAAUACCUGCAGCUUCAAAUCAAAGUAUUUGGUGAACUUUGAUGGUGGCACACUUUCCAUGAGGUUAUAGAUGGAACAUGUCUAUUUAGGAUAAAUAUUUUUUGUUGUUAUUAGAGAGCUGAAGUAUAGUAUGUCAAAAUGGGUAUAUGUUCAGAGAAUAUAUGGACCAUCUCUAAAUAUAAAAUGAUUGCAGCGUUCUCAGUCUGCUACCCUUUAACAUAAGGAGACAUUUUAAACAUGAAUACUCAGUUGAGUCUUUUUUGCUCUCUUCAGUUCAGGGAUUCCGACAGUCAGUUAUCACAGACAGGGUACAGAAAUUUGUUAAAACACCACCCUUUCUAAUAUCACAGCUUCUCAAAUGUUUUCCCACAAUUUGUACCAUUCCAUUUGCCAAGUUAAACAGAGAUUACCUAAGACAGUAGUAACUACAGUCAAC